AUGGUUGGUGUGCCUCGAAGCAGAGGCUGUCACCUUUGCGUCAAGCGCCGGGUCAAAUGCGAUGAAAGAGCCCCAGGAUGUUCAAAAUGUGAGACAUAUGGGCAGCCAUGUCCUGGAUAUGACAAGGGCUUCAAGUUCAUUGCCGGGAAGCCUUACCGAACUCGGCGUCGCCCUCCUGGAACUGAAUGUGCGAGAUCCAACGCCACCAGCCCAGACUCGUCAAGCUCAAGCUUAAGCUUCAGUUCAGGGGAGACCAAAGCAAACACCCAAUGGAUGAUCCAAAGUGAAAUCCCACCCACUGUGGUCUCGGUUGACAUGAAUGUCUUACAGACCCUAGGCGCUCUCAUUGAGGACUUUUCAUCGCCCGGUGUUUCGAAUGCCCCCAACUAUGUGAUGGCCAGCUGGUUUGAACUCCUUCCGUCCAUCUAUGGCCAGAACCGAGCUUUGGAUGCGGCUAUUAAAUCCUUUACAGCACAUCAUUUUGGUCGGGGCUUCCAAAGCCAGGAAAUGACCAUUUAUGCUCGAUUUACCUAUGGGGAAGCAUUACACUGGCUCCGUAAGGCUCUAGUGAGCCCUUCUGAAUCGCUUUCCUCAAAUAUCUUCUGUGCUGUCGUGUUGAUGUGCAUGUAUGAGCUCUUUACGGAUACCGAGGAUCCAGACUCGUGGAUGAAACACGCAAAGGGGCUUGGUCACCUAGUCAAAGCCCGAGGACCUGAACGUUACUGCAAUCAGCUUGAUAUCUCUCUGUUGAAAACUGCCCGAGGGUUAAUAGUCAUGCACUCAAUGUUCGCUGGCGAAGAUUGCUUCUUGGCAUCCAAUGACUGGCAUUACAUGAUGAAGCAGCAACACGUUGGCAGCUUGCCAUUGGAUUAUCACAACUGCAUCGAAGAUUUCUUUGCCCAUUUUACUCGCUCUCCGCGCAUUGUGCACAGCAUUUACCGUUUGAGAGACAAGAAUUUCGCAGAUCCUGAAGUCUUACGGGAUAUAUCAGAAGCUCUGACCCAGGUUUUGGAUAUGCAGAGUAGGUUGGCUUGUUGGUAUGAGGAAUGGUCUCGGGUUUCCUUCCCUCCGGUUGAGGCCCCCUCGGCGACGGGCGAUGCUUUAUACCCAAUCAUCUUGAUCUACGCAGACCUGAUUGACGCAUCAGUAUACUGUGGCUACUAUGCUUACAUGAUCAUUAUUCACGAAGCCUUGAAACUUUUUGGAUAUCCAGGUCCCCAUGAGACUAUGAUUUCUUACUUUCGAGAUCAGAUUUGCAGAUCUAUUGAAUAUGCAGCCUUUGGUGCACUUGGCCCCUUUCGAAUUGGAUUUUCUGUGCGGGUCGCGAUUGAGACCGCAGAUGACGUGAAGAGAUCCUGGCUUUUAGAUCGAUUGCAAGAAUUCUCAAAGUCCUACGCAGCAGCCAAGCCAGAGAACUACAAGCCAAUUGAAUAA